AUGACGCGAAUAUUGGGAGUUGACAAUUCUUUUCAAGUUAUGUUAAAUACUAGAGCGAAAGAUCCUUACAAUUUGUCGUUUAAAGUCACUCAUAUCUUUAAAGACACUGAAAAAUCACGUGCGGUAUCUUUGUCUCACGUGAAACACAUUCCUACAGGGUCCACGCUCAUUCGAAGGCCUAUUGGAGUUGGUUCUGAGCGAAAUGUGAAAAGAUCAGAUGUAUGCGGUAGUUCUUCAAAAGAAAAUCCCAAAUCUGAUCGGGAAAAUGAAACUCAGAGUGCUGACACUGAUACCAGAGAUCUGCAUCUUGAUCUCUUCGCAGGCCUCCUUCUUCAUCGUCCACUGAAGAUGACGAUAUUUAGUGGAACGCUGCGACAAUCGCAGAUUGAUGAAUCAUGCUCCACUAAAUGUCUAUUAAGACAUUCAUUUAAGCAAUCUGCUUCUCAUCCAUGUAUGAACAAUUUACUUUUGUCAGUCUAUGUUAUCUCAAAAUUUCAAAGUACUAUUGUUUAUGUGUGUACUGACGUAUUAAUAACGUAUAUUGUAGGGUUUUAUGAGACCAUUUAAAACAUUGCCAUUAAUAGUUAAUAUGUCCAAAGUUGUUAAUA